UACACACGGUUUUGUUCAUGGUUCUAUGCUCAUCUCAGAAAUUUUAUGUUCUUUUCCAGUGACAUCUAAUACAAAUUUAGCCCUGUUCCAUACUUGUAUUUCCAGAAUCUCUUGAAAAGCUGAUCGAAUUUAAGUUGCUUUUGCUAAAACCUCAACUAGGACAACUUCUCCUCUCCCUAAUGGUAGAAACCUGAAAUCCAGAUCUUUGACAUUAUCACUGUUUUGAUCCUCAAACCUCCAAGGCCUGUACUACAGGAGUUGCCUCAUGCUUCUGGGUCUCUUCCUCUCCCGUAGGCGCUGAACAGAAUCCAAGUCUUCUAAGGUGUUUCAUAGCCGACCAAAAUGCAAUUCUUUGAUUCUCUAGGCACUAGUAGAGGAACUGGUGGGUGCAAUAGCAUUGCCUCCUUUGUCACAGCUUCAAGACUUCAAGUUGUGUAUGUAUGGAAGGUGGGGGUUCAUCGAUUUCUCUCGCAGCAAAUGCAACUUUUCGAACUAUUUUCCGUCACUUCUGGGAGUCUAAACCAGCUCCAUCUUUUUCCAUUUUAGUGUGGCUGAUGCGUACAGUUCCAGCUACAAACACUAAUUCUCAUUUACGGUGCAAAAUGACAGUCACAAGUCACAUAAUCUUUCACAAUUUUGUCUCUGGAGAUUGUGCAUUUUCACUCCCAUCCAAAUAGUCAAAUGCAAUGUAUCACGUGGAGAACUGGAAACUAAACACUAAUCAUAUUUCUCCUCAGGGUAAGGCUCUUAAUAAUCUAAAAAAACAAUCAUACCCAACCACAAGCUGUCAACACCGUUCCGCACAUAACCCUUCCGACAUUAUCCAAGUGAAGGUUUCUGGACUUCUCCAGAAAUUGUGCGAAUACUUCUUCAUGACUCCAUCCCUCUUCCUCUUCCUCUUCUAGAAAUGUCCACUCUCCCCUUUAAAUCAUGGAAUUCCCCCUCUCCUUACCACGUAACACUCUCUUCCUACUACAAUUUCCUUAGACACACACAACACGACUCCAUUUUCAUUCUGCUCAAACAGUUCUAGCCAACAACAGCAAUGGCACAAGCUCUAACCAAUUUCAGCGUCUUUCUCCCUUUGUCAUCUGGGAGAAGAACCAAAGCACUUCCCAUCAAUGGUAAAGGUCUCACCUUGAAGGCCAAGGCAAAGGAAUCAAGAGACAAUCUCGACCAUUUGCAGAGAGCCACCCAAUUCCAACAACAGCAGCAGCAGCAGAGCCAACCCAAGAAGAGAGUCGCUCCUACCCCGCCCGUAGGACUAUGGGACCGGUUUCCUACAGCAAGAACAGUUCAGCAGAUGAUGGAAACCAUGGAGAGAAUGAUGGACGACCCCUUUGUCUACUCGGCUCAAUCCGGCGGGUGGGCGCCGUCGUUGCCGACGGAAAGCGGCGGGUACAGCAGGGGAAGGACACCGUGGGAGAUCAAAGAAGCUGAAACAGAGUACAAGAUGAGGUUCGACAUGCCCGGAAUGACCAAAGAGGAUGUCAAGGUUUGGGUUGAGGAGAAAAUGCUAGUUGUUAAGGCUGAGAAAGCAGCGAAGAAAAAAGAUGGUACCGGAGUCGAGGAGGAAGAAGGUGAAGAGUGGUCAGCUAAGAGCUACGGAAGGUACAGUAGCCGGAUUGCUUUGCCGGAGAAUAUUCAGUUUGAGAAGAUUAAAGCUGAGGUGAAAGAUGGGGUUUUGUACAUCACUAUUCCUAAAGCUAUGAGUAGCUCCAAGGUAUUGGACAUUAAUGUUCAAUGAUAGAUACCAAUGUAGCAGUUAUGUUUUUCUUAUGUUUGAUCCAAGUUUUGAACAUUCGAAGUGUUGGUCUUUUUUGUGGUACUAUUUCUUCAAUUAUCUGGUCGUGGAAAUUGCUGAGUUGAUCAUGAAAAUUGUGAGAAGCAUGAGCUCAUAGCUCAAAGAGGGUAGUUGAGGCCUGUGAGAU